AUGGUGCUAAUCGAUUAUUCCAAGCGACGAGCGAGUAAUCUACCUUCUGAUUCUUCCGGGCUUUUGAAUGGGAGCGCCAAUGGUCUUCCCGCUCGACGGUAUCGGUCGACGUCGGCUGGCAAUCAUGGCGAGGCGAGGAAUGGCAGCACUAUGAAUAAUGGUAGAGAUCAACAUCAACAUCAACAUCAACAUCAACAACAACAUGUCCCUCGCAAAAUGCCUCCCAAGAAGAAUUCGUUGAUCUUGAAAACAGUCCAGCACAAGGAAGACGAUGUUCCGUUGGACGAAGAACCCAUCUUGACGGGUAACAAUUCCAGUCAUCAUUCCGCCCGAUCCUCACUGUCGUUGGGAGAAGCUCUCUUGGACGAUUCGUCUUCCCGAAUGAGUUGGAGAAAUUCGUUUUCCGAACAGCAACAACCGACUCCCAAUGCAACAGCAACAGAACCAAAACGAAAUUCGCGAUCCUCUCGCUUUCAACGCAGUAGUCUCACUCGAGAAAAAAAACGAAACUCGCAAACCAAAGAAAAAAAUCCAAGUAGUGGUCCCAUCAUCACCUAUGGCACUCCUUCCAGAGAGGCUCUCUUUGAUGAUUCCAGUUCGAGUCUCGCCGUGUCAAAUCACGACAAGGACAGCACUCCUGCUGCUGCCAGCUCGUUAUUAGACGACAAUACUACUACUACAACAGACUCUUUCACGGAACUCAAAGAGAAAAAGAAGACACCUCCGUCCACCAGUAGCAAAAACAACAACCAUACUACUACUGCGAGUACUACAUCUACAAGUACUACAAGUACAACCAAACCAGCAGCACCCCAACAACGACCCCGCCGUGGUCCCAAACGAGGGGGAAGUGCGGGUGGGGUUCGUCGAGAAACCGGCAUGCCCAGUUCCUUGGCCAACAUGCGCAACGUUGCACUCCACCGCCCACCCAAAAAGGCAUCCAUGCCGAGUCCGCUCAAACGAUGUGGAACGUCCGAUUUGGUCAAGGAACAUCGCAAUCGACGUCCCACGGUACUCAUGGAAGUCGAUGAUAUUGACGAAGACGAUUUGGACUUGAGUGUGAGUAGUGAGGAGAGUUAUAAUGAUAAUGAUGAUGAUGAUACUGAUGAUGACGGUAGUCAACACAACAACAAUAUUACCAAGCAUGGUCUGAGCAACAUUGACGAAGAUGACGACGACGACGAAGAAAAAAAAACACCACCAGAGACUCAAGCUCCCUUUCGUCGUGUCUCGACGUGUCCUGAGGAAGCCUUGUGCCAAUGUGGUUCUACUCGUCUUCCUCAUCAUCACAAUAAACACGAUCAUCAUCACAAACACAAACACAACAGCAAUCACAAUUAUAGUGCUCAUGCACCCAAAGAAGAACGAGAUUGGAGUAAACCGUCACGACAAACCGUCGCAUGGGGAGUUCUAUCGCCGGUACGAAAAACUUUUGUCCGGGGAGCAGCCAUUCAACAACUAAGUGCUGCCAGUUUUGACAACCAAAACAGCAUGCCAACGCUCGAUUUGAACGAGAGCAAUUCCAGUAUCAAAUCGGCCAGUGCGGCCAUUUCUUCUUCAACCACAUCCACAAAUAAUCGCCGCAUGUCACGCAGUGCAUCGUCCAGCAGUCUCAUGAUGACACGCAGCCUGUCCGUCAACAAUGUGUUUGCCGAAAAGAAAAAGAAAAAUCCACUCGAACGCAACAUUUCCUUCACCAUGCGGGCCAAAUUGCCGUUGACAGAACGAGGACGCAGUCGAUCCGACAAUACGCGUUCGAGUAUGGAACGUCUUGGAGUCUCUCUUUCAUCUCUCUUGAAAGGAGACAACGACAAUACUACUACUAAUAAUAAUGACGACGACGAUGAUGUCAUGGCACAAGAAAAGCGAACCAGUUUGGAACAACUAUUGUUCGCCGCCGAAGGAGGAAAACGAGCCGGGUUGGAACAGGUCCUGCAUGCGCAAAGUCUCCACAACAAUUCGCAACACAUUAUUCCCAGUCACAUUUCACUGGACGGAAGUAGUGGUAAUGACAGUCAUCAGACUCCUCCUCCUCCAACGCUGUCGGCGGGAUCGACUCAUAUGCGCAAACACACUCUUCGAUCCACAUCCAUGUCACAUAUUUCAGCGUCAUUUGGCUAUGGCGUUCCCGAUCUCAAAUACAGCUACAAACAUCGACAGGAAGAUGCCAAACGGCGCAGUCCGAGUCGCAGUCGAAGUCGGAGCCCCACGCGCAGCAAGAAAAAGACUGACAAUAACAAUAGUAUGUCACAACAAGGCUUUUCCGUGGCAUUGGAUGGAGACAUUUUGCGGGGUGGCAGUGCUCAUCAGUCCACCCGACGAGGAGAUCCUCUCGCGGGCGGCAGCAGCACGCAUACCCGAGGACGAAGAGGACGACCGUCGCCAUCUCGAAACAACAACAAGCGCGAUGAGGGAUCCACACAACAACAAAAGACACGUUCCUCGCCAUCGCCGUCUCGAACGCCCGGCAGCAUGCAUAGCAGUAUGCAUGGAACCGGCAUUAGUAUUAAGAAACCAAGGCAAAGUUUGAUGCGCAGCAGAUCGACUUCGGAAGAUCACGGUGGCAGCAGCAGCUCUCCACUCGGCAUUCCCAAGCCAACAAGGAAGAGUUUGAUGCGCAGUCGAUCUACCUCCGAAUCCAAUGAUGCCUUCCAAAAACGACGCGCAUCGCUCUCCCCGGCACGCAGAUCCAGCAUUUCCCCGCAACGGCGAGCGUCAAAGAUCAAACAAAUUCAACCUGGAUACGCCAACACCAGCCCUACUAGUGCUUUCGGUCCUGGUACUGCCGGUGGUGGCAUUGACAACCAGGCUGCCGGGUCUUCUUAUUUGGGAUCGCUAGCGGCAACAAGAGGAGGCUUGUCUCUCUCGUUGCAUGGGCUGCCGAGAAAUCGUCAAACCAAUGGAGGAAAAAAGAAACAAGGGGGGGACAUGCCCAUGACAAGCGUCAUCAAGAGGCCCAGCCGCACCGCGAGCUUUGACGAGGACGAAGACGAUGAUUCGGAUGACGAUGAUCCGAACGAAAUAUCGACAACUAGCAUUUUUGAUGAUGACGAUGACGAUACUUCGAUCUGUUCUGUCGAUACCUACGGAGAGCCAAAACAAAAACAAAUCCCAAUUCUGGAUUUGAAAUUGAAGAAAGCUAGCCCUAAGCCAAGUGGCUAUGGGAUGGCGGCUCUCGCUCACGUCUACGGAAGUGCCACGCCGAAUCCUGGUUACGGAAAAGCCGGCCUUGGUUAUGGAGACGAUGACGACGACGACGAUCUCGGAUAUGGAGAUGCCGCUCCUGACACUGCCCCCGAUCUUGGUUAUGGAGAUGCCGCUCCGGACGCUGCUCCCGAUCUUGGCUAUGGCAAGGCCGCACCAGAUUUGGGAUAUGGAAACACCAAACCAGAUUUGGGAUAUGGGAAUGCCGCACCAGAUUUGGGAUACGGAGAUGCCCAGCCUGACAAUCAAGGACAGGCCUACGAUCUUCGCAAACCUACACCUUCCACUGUGGAUCUGGGGUACGGAGAUGCCACUCCCGACGCCCCGGAAACAGCAGUGGCGACGGAGGAGUAUGAUUAUCAUGAUUUGUAUGGCCAGGCUCCCCGCGCUUCUCUACAGAAAGCACGGCGUCGACAGCACCGGGCAUCCUCUAUGCAGCAUGUUUCUUCAGCGAUGUCGCAUGGUCAUGAUCCAACUCCAAGAAUUAGUUUUGGAACUCGUCGUCAACGGAGACGGUCUAAUUCCAUGAAUAUGCUCUCGAACCACAGCAGCAUGAACCACGGCAGCAUGAGAAUGUCCUUUCGGGGUAAUGGUCCGUCCCACUGUGAUGGCGGGCAGGACACCAGUGGCGAAUUCGGAACUCGACAUCGGCCCACGAAUGCUGGGAAACGUAACCAACGUCGCACUUCGUCCAUGUCGAUGCUCAAGACUAUGGGCAUGUCCACUAGGAAUAUGGGCGGAGGAGGUCGCACCAUGGAUACCUCCGGAUUUGUCACGGGGUCACGGAUCCGGAGAAUAGACAAUGCUUCGCAGCUCUUGACGGCAGCACGGUAG